GAGAUUCACUGUAUGCCUGUCAGCACGGUACUGGGUAGACUGUGAGUAACAUCUUGGAAUAUUUAAAGGAAAUGUUUAAGGGGUGGGGUGAAAUUGAAUGAACUGAAAAUGGAUCCUUCUUCUCCUGUGGUACCAGCAACCAUUUUGGAACAAACUGCCUCGCGGCUCGGAUGCAGUCCCACAGACAAAAAACUCGCUGUUCACUUAGAUGAACAAGAUGAGUUAAAACACCUUCGUGAAUGUUUCUAUAUCCCCAAAGUCAAGGAUCUGCCUCCAACUGAUCUGAGCCUGGUGAACGGAGAGGAGAGCUGUGUGUACUUUGCUGGGAAUUCUCUUGGGCUGCAGCCAAGAAAGGUUAAAACUUACUUGGAUGAAGAACUGGACAAGUGGGCUCGAACAGGUGUUCAUGGCCAUUUCAAUGGCCGGCGCCCGUGGGCUUUGGCAGACGAGUGCAUCCUGGACCUGAUGGCUCAACUGGUUGGGGCCCAAAGACACGAAAUAGCCUUAAUGAAUGGGCUGACUGUUAACUUGCACCUACAGAUGCUAUCUUUCUUUAAGCCUACUCCAAGACGCUAUAAAAUUCUUCUAGAAGCAAAAGCCUUUCCCUCUGACCAUUAUGCUGUUGAGUCCCAGCUUCGACUGCACGGGCUGGAUGUGGAGAAAAGCAUGCUUCUGCUGCAGCCACGGCAGGGGGAGGAGACCUUGAGGACGGAAGAUAUCCUUGCUGUAAUUGAGAAGGAAGGGGACUCUAUUGCUGUCAUUAUGUUCAGUGGGGUUCAGUACUACACAGGACAGUUGUUUGACAUCCCUAGAAUAACAAAGGCUGGCCAAAAAAAGGGAUGCUUUGUUGGAUUUGACCUGGCUCACAGUGUUGGGAAUGUAGAGCUUCAUCUGCAUGACUGGGGAGUAGAUUUUGCCAGCUGGUGCUCCUACAAGUAUUUAAAUUCUGGAGCAGGAGGCAUCGCUGCUGCCUACAUCCAUGAAAAGCAUUCCAAGAGUGUUAAACCAGCGCUAAUUGGCUGGUGGGGUCACGACUUCAAAACAAGAUUCCUCAUGGAAAACAAAUUACAACUAAGUGAAGGAAUUAAUGGAUUUCGGUUAUCAAAUCCUCCAAUUUUACUGGUCUGUGCUCUGCACGCCAGUUUAGAGGUUUUUAAUCAAACUACGAUGAAGGCAUUGAGAAGGAAAUCCAUUCUGCUCACUGGCUACUUGGAAUACCUGAUAAAACAUUACUUCAGUGAGGAUAAAACAAACCCAGAGAAGCCCUUUGUAAAAAUUAUCACACCGUCUCGGAUUGAGGAAAGAGGAUGCCAACUCACUCUAUUGUUUUCCCUUCCGAUCAAAUCUGUGUUUAAAGAGCUGGAGAAGAGAGGAGUAGCUUGUGACUUGAGAGAACCCAACGCUCUCCGCGUUGCCCCAGUUCCUCUCUACAAUUCUUUCAGUGACGUGCACAGAUUUAUUGAAAUCUUGGGAUCUGCAAUUACAUCUUCAAAACAAACAGCAAAUAAUGCUGCACUAUCUGCUUCUUAUUGAUGGCUCAGCUGUAUCUUUUAAUCUCUUCCUGACCAAGAUGCAUUUAUCCUGCUGAGCGAUUCUUUGCUUCGAGUAGACCGAGCUGUACCCCGUGCAAUUUGGGAAAAAAUGACUUUGCUUGAAUAGUUAUUUACAACAGACAUAGUUUUAUUAAAGCUCAUAUUUCCACUC